AAGGUGAAGAUCCCGAAGGACCGGGACGGCAGACCCAAGCAGUUCGCGUUCGUCAACUUCAAGCACGAGGAAUCCGUCCCCUACGGAUUGAGCCUGCUUAACGGGAUCAAGCUGUACGGAAGGCCCAUCAAAAUCCAGUUCCGAUCAGGGAGCAGUCAUGCAUCUCAAGACGGCAAUCCAUCUUCUUCCGUGCACGGAGCUGCCAACGCUGGCACGUCUGGCGCGCCGCAUCCGACAUCGGGCUCUAGCAGGUACGACCGGAGCUCUGACAGCGUGGCAGCAGCGGGAUUCGCGCCGGUGCAGCGGUCUCUGCCGUCUUCCGAGAACCUCCAGCGGCAAGCGGUGCUGAACAGUGGCAUGUGGCAGCAGCCCGGCUUUGCCCCACCUG